AUGUCAGUUGAAGAAGACCAUGACGAUGUCAUGAGUGAAGAGGAUAUCACAGUAGUAGAGUCGAUGACAAGUCAAGAGCAUGCUUCAAAGAAAAGGAAAUUUACAUCAAAAGUAUGGAAUGAUUUUGAUUGGUCACGAGAAAAAGAUGGUAAAGAAAAGGCUACGUGCAAGCAUUGUAGUAAGGAAUAUGCUUAUGACAGUCAGAAAGGAGGAACAUCAACUAUGUCAAGACAUUUAAAGAAGUGCCCUAGACUGAAGAUGCAAGAUGUGGGGCAACUUUUGUUAUCUACAAAUAAUGGAGAACUGGCUACUCGUGCACGCAAAAUAGAUCAAUCAAAGUUUCGGGAUUUAGUUGCAAGACUAAUUAUUGGUAAAAAUCUCCCCUUUAAUUUUGUAGAAUGGACUGAAUUUAGGGAGUUAUGUAGUUAUCUGAAUGUCGAUGUUGAAACCAUAUCAAGGAAUACUACAAGGUCUGAUAUUCUUAAAAUGCAUAAGUUCCAAAAAGAAGUUAUUCGCAAGAAAUUACAAUGUGCUCCAGGUAAAAUAUGUCUAACAUCAGACAUGUGGACCUCCGUCAACACCACUGGAUACAUAAUUUUAACAGUACACUUUGUUGAUCAAGAUUGGGUAUUGCAGAAGUUUCUUUUAAUUUUUUCUCCACUGCCACCACCCCAUACUGGUCAAGCACUUUCAGAUAAGUUAUUUCUGAUGUUAAAUGAUUGGGGAAUUGAAGGAAAAGUAACCAGCAUCACUUUGGAUAACGCUGCAUCAAAUACUUCAUGUGUUAAGAUAAUGAAGAGUCGAUUCAUUGCAAGGAAUGUUAUGUCGGAUACUGGGAAAAGAAACUUUCAUAUAAGGUGUUGUGCUCACAUAAUAAAUCUUAUUGUAAGAGAUGGACUGACAGAGAUUGAUCCAGCAGUAAUCAAGAUAAGGUUAACAGUGAAGUACCUUAAAGGUUCACAAAGAAGAAAACAAAAUUUCUUGGAUACUGUCAGCGAUUUAGGAAUGUCAGUAAAGAUGGGUGUUCGACAAGAUGUUAAGAAAAGAUGGAAUUCUACUUAUCUUAUGUUGCAAAGUUGUAUUUCGUAUGAAAAAGUCUUCACUCAUUUGAGGUUGGUGGACCCUGACUAUGCAGAGUCUCCUAAUGGGAAGAAUGGGAGCAAAUCAAAGUGGUCACGAAAUUAA